AUCACGCCUCUUCGUCAACCAGUAAGCAACUGCAAUAGUUUUAUAUUACAACCGGCAAUAUUAAGUCAUUUGUUAUUUUUGUGAAAUGAAUAAUAUGAUUGAGCUAUGCUACUGCAACGGAUCUGUUUUGGUCUGGAAUGUAGAAGAUGCUCACAGGUUACGGUCCGAACACAGAAUAGUGGGAAAUUUUAUUGGUUGCUUACCUUCUUUACCAAGACAGGAUCAGAUGCUAGGUUUACCAAUGGAAUUAAUGACAGAAGAGGUUUUCCAUCUAGCUACAAGAGGAAUAGUGAACAUUGUUGAAUACAAACAACUGUACCAUCCCGCUGAAGAACAUCUUAAGCAGAAAACAGAAAAUAUGCUUAAAGCUAGCUUUUCUGAGCAGCAAGUAAUCUUCAAGGAGGAACGGAUCAAGCAGCUAAUGUUAAUGGCAGAUAAAAUUAUUGAGGGGAAGAGAAGAAAAACAAAUGGCAUUAUAGAUGAGGAAUUGGUACUGCAAGAAGAAAUAAGAAAAAUACCUGAAAUGUCUGAAGAUUUGAUGAUGGUUCAAAUUUUUACAAGACCUUUCUGGACAUGUCGAGGAGAAGCUGCAGAGUAUAGUAUCAGUCUGACUCUUAGGUGCAGGGUUUUCAGUGAUUUGUGGGAGAAGGGUUAUUACAUAACAGCUGGUGAGAAAUUUGGUGGUGAUUUCUUGGUCUAUCCAGGAGACCCAUUUAAAUUUCAUUCACAUUAUAUAGCUGUGUGUGUUGAUGAAAAUCAAUUGCUGACUCCUUAUUUCCUUAUUCAGAAAGGUCGUUUGGGAACAAAUGUAAAGAAAACAGUAUUGCUGUGUACUGUGAAUGAGGAUGGUGAAAUAAUGUAUCAAUCUUUGAAUUGGAAUGGAAAAUGAGCUGAAUUACAAGGAAUGAAAAGACA